UGGUGGUGAUGCCUUCGUGCUCUUCUUUAGUAAGUACUUAGGUAUUUACUGCAGCAGUAGAGUAGAGAAUUAGAUAUCAGUCAGUAACAGUAUUGCAUCAGCAACAGCCUCCUGUUGAGGAGUGUAGAGUGCUACUAUGGCUGACGAGGCACCGGUAGAAAAGCUGUCCAAAAAUGAACUGAAAAGGAAAUUAAAAGCAGAACAAAAAUUGAAGGAAAAAUUAGAAAAGGAGUCGAAAAAACAAGAGGAAGAGAAAGUUAAAGAGAAUUCUAGUGGUCCAUCGAAUAAAUUAUCAGAAGAAAACAUUAGCCCCAAUGAUUACUUCAAAAUCAGAAGUCAAGCCCUUGAAAAACUCAAGGCUGCGGGUGACCAUCCAUAUCCCCACAAGUUCCAUGUGUCAAUUUCCCUGCAGAAUUUCAUUGAACAGUACAGUGACAAGUUGAAAGAUGGGGAGGCACUGGAAAAUGAAGUAGUCAGUAUUGCUGGUAGAGUGCAUUCUAUCAGAGGAGCCGGUGCUAAGCUGAUAUUUUACGAUUUGAGAGGAGAAGGUGUGAAAGUUCAGGUGAUGGCUAAUGCUAGAAAAUACGAAGAUGAAGAAAAGUUUACCAUAGACACAGAUAAAAUUGGGCGUGGUGACAUAAUCGGUGUUGAGGGUUACCCAUGCAAAAGUAAGAAAGGAGAGUUCUCGAUUUUGCCAAAAAAUAUAAAACUUCUUAGUCCUUGUUUGCACAUGCUUCCCCACUUGCAUUAUGGAUUAAAAGAUAAGGAAACCAGAUAUCGGCAGAGAUACCUAGAUCUCAUUAUAAAUGACAAAGUAAGGCAAAAGUUUCAUACAAGGGCUAAAAUCAUUUCUUACAUUAGAAAAUUCCUUGAUGAGCUAGGUUUUUUGGAAAUCGAGACUCCAAUGAUGAACAUGAUUGCUGGAGGAGCAACUGCAAAGCCCUUUGUAACACAUCAUAAUGAUCUUAAUAUGGACUUGUUCAUGAGGAUCGCACCUGAGCUGUAUCACAAAAUGUUAGUGGUAGGUGGAAUCGACCGAGUCUAUGAAAUUGGACGACAAUUCAGGAAUGAAGGCAUUGACUUGACUCACAAUCCAGAAUUCACGACAUGCGAGUUUUACAUGGCUUAUGCAGAUUACAAAGACCUUAUGACUAUCACGGAAACUAUGGUCUCGGGUAUGGUUAAGACUAUUCAUGGGACAUACAAGAUCCAGUAUCAUCCCGAUGGUGAAGAUUCCGAGCCCUUAGAGAUAGAUUUUACGCCUCCAUUCAAACGUGUUUCUAUGAUCAAAACUCUCGAAGAAGUUUUGAAAGUCAAGUUUCCCAUUGCAACAGAAUUGAAUAGUCCUGAAGCCAACAAAUUCCUUAGUGAGCUGUGUGUAAAACAUGAGGUCGAUUGCCCAGCACCUAGAACCACUGCUAGGCUACUGGACAAGCUCGUUGGUGAAUUUAUCGAAGAAACGUGUGUCAAUCCAACCUUCAUUAUUGAACACCCACAAAUUAUGUCUCCACUUGCCAAAUGGCAUCGUUCCGAAGCUGGUCUUACAGAGCGUUUCGAGCUUUUCGUUAUGAAAAAGGAAGUGUGCAAUGCUUACACCGAAUUGAACGAUCCUUUUGUUCAAAGAGAAAGAUUUGAGCAACAAGCUAAGGAUAAGGCAGCUGGUGAUGAUGAAGCUCAACUAGUUGAUGAAAACUUUUGUACUGCCCUUGAAUAUGGACUGCCCCCUACAGCAGGUUGGGGUAUGGGUAUAGACAGAAUGACUAUGUUCCUUACUGACUCAAAUAACAUAAAGGAGGUGCUGUUUUUCCCCGCUAUGAAACCUGAUGAUCCAAAUAGGAAUAAAGAAAUUGUUGAAGAAAAUGCGGAGGCCAGCACUCAAGGACAACAGAAAUGAAAUGGAGUUUUGUUA